AUGCUUGAUUUAGCUCACGAAGGGCAUCCUGGUCAAACAUUGAUGAAACGCCGACUGCGUGAACGAUGCUGGUGGCCAGGUUUAGAUAAAUCUGCUGUUGAGAUGUGUGAAAAAUGUGAAGGUUGUAGACUCGUUCAAAUACCGGAUCCACCGGAACCUAUGAUCCGUCGUCCGCUUCCAGAUAGGCCAUGGAUAGAUGUGGCCAUGGAUUUUUUGGGACCCAUGCCAACGGGUGAAUAUGUCUUAGUCAUUAUCGACUACUUUAGUCGUUACCUUGAACUGGAAAUAAUGAGUAAAAUAACAGCUCAAGAAACUAUUAAAAGAUUAAAGCGUAUAUUUCGGGUUUGGGGUCCUCCACGAACAAUCACCCUGGACAAUGCUAAACAGUUCGUAUCGAGUGAAUUUGAGGAGUUUUGUGACUCUCAAGGUGUACAUCUGAAUCACACUUCACCGUAUUGGCCACAAGCCAACGGAGAAGUUGAGCGCCAGAAUCGGUCUUUGCUUAAACGAAUGAAGAUUGCAAAUGCUCUUUAUAACGAUUGGAAAGCUGAACUCAAUAAUUAUUUAGAUCUAUAUAACAAUACGCCACACACAAUCACUGGAAAAGCUCCCAGCGAACUCCUACAGAACAGGAAAUUGAGAUCAAAACUACCACAGCUUGAUGACCUCGAUACUAUUCCUCCAAGUGCAGACUUCCGAGACAAGGAUCAGGAGAUGAAAUGUCUUGGAAAACAACGGGAAGAUGCUAAGCGCAGAGCACGAGUAAGCGUGUUAGCACCAGGAGACACAGUUUUAAUGAAAAACCGUUGCCCGAAAGAUAAACUAGCCACGAACUUUCUUAAAGAGAGGUUUACCAUUACAAAAAGACAAGGGUCAAAUGUAACGGUAAAAUCUAACGAAACCGGAAGAACCUACGACCGCAACACAUCCCAUUUGAAACGAAUCAAUGAGUCGCCAUCACCUGAUCAUCAAACUGUAGACUGUGAACUCCCCGUAGCAAACCCUACACCAGGCCUUUCAUCGAUGGAUUGUAGUGAUGAUCAGCAGAGAUUGCCGACACCAACACCGGACGAGCCGGAAACAGAUCAGGAUAUUUUUCAAAAGUCUCCGCCAGUUCUUAGACGUUCCUCUCGCGUAUCGAAACCACGUUACUGUUAUAGUCCGUAG